CGCAGGGGGAUAGUAAAUAAAAAAGGAAAAUGUGAACAUAUUAACAAGAAAUAAAACAAGCUCAUCGUACAAAGCAAAUGGCACAGACAAGUUUAGCAUUUAAGAGGCAAACCUGGGCUCGAUUCGCAGAAACAAGAAAAUAAACUGCAGAAAACGUCACAUUUGUGUUUGUAAAUGACAUGAUUUCAAUAUGGAAUGUGGCAGACUGAUUUGUUUGAAGGACCAGCUGCUUCAUCACAAUUAUCCUAAUUACCAAAUUAAUCAAAUAACACGAGAAGAACAUAAAAACAGUAGUGAGCUUUGAAAUCAAUGUUUCCAGAUGAAACUGGAAAUUUAGGAGCAAAAUCUGACAGAGUUCAGAGUUUAUCUGAUCAGUUUAUUGUUUUCACGGCCUGAUGCCUUCAUGAACACUCAUUGAUCAUCGGUCAGUUUUGCAUCUGAGGUGAAUUUGAAUAAAUCGUUUUAAGUUGUUUUGACUCUCAGCGUCUCUGAACCAAAUGGACUCUAAUGGACUCAGCUGCUCUCACCUGAGGGAGGAAAUAAGCAGGUAUAAAAGGUUUUCCUCUGACUGGACCGGUAGAUACAGUCUGGAUCAGCAGCUCACUGGAAACAGGUGAAAUCCUCAUUUAUUGAUCUAUUGACUCACUAUAUUGAUCUAUUUACUUAUUUAUGCAUAUAUUAAAUAAUUGAUUUUUUUGUCUACUUCUUGAUUUAUUUAUUCACCUAUUUAUCCAUUUAUUUAUUCAUCUAUUUAUUGAUUUUAUUCAUCUAUUUACUGAUUUAUUCAAUGAAUUAUUGAUUAAUUGAUGUAAAUAUUGAUUUCAUUCAUCUCUUUAUUGAUUAAUUUAUUCAUCUACUUACCGACGUCUUAAUCUAUUUAUUGAUUUAUUCAUCUGUUUAUUAAUUUAUUUUUCCAAAUUUUCAUUGACAUAUUUAUUCAUAUAUUUAUUGAUUCUAUUAAUCUAUUUACUGCCUUAUUUGUUCAUAUAUUUAUUGAUUUAUUGAUUGAUCUAUUUGCUGACUUAUUUGUUCAUCGAAUUACUGAUUUAUUGAUCUACUUACUGACUGAUCAAUCUAUUGACUGACUUAUUUAUUCAUAGAAUUAUUGACUAGUUAAUCUAUUGACUGACCUAAUAAGUUUCAGCUCCUCAUUGAUGAUUGAAUAUUGAUUAUUUUAACAGACGUCCUCUUGGUGUCUCAGCUGUCCAUGAUGACGACAAAUGGACUGGUCGUCCUGUUGCUGCUCUCAGGUUCCGUCCUGGUUUGCAACCUCCAGCCUCAAGGCGCCAUCACUCGGUUCCACCACGUCAGUCUGAUGAAGACCUGGACUGAAGCUCAGAGUUACUGCAGGGAGAAGUUCAUCGACCUCGCCACCAUCCCGAGCCAGGCCGCCAACACAGAGGCCCAGAAGGUGGCAGGACACGGACACGUCUGGAUUGGACUCUACAACGGUAGCUGGAGAUGGUCUCAGGAGGGAAAACCGGUCGAAAACUGGUUUCUGAGAAAGACCAACAGCAUUAUGGGAUCCAGAAAGUGUGCAGUACUGAAUAUGUUUGGAAACUGGAUGGCCAAAGACUGUGACAGUCAGUGUCGCUUCGUGUGUUCCAGUGAGUAUGACUGCAGACAGCACAGAGGGCCACACUGACCACCUGAGCGACCCAACUAGUCCCCCAACCAUAGCUUUCACAUGGUUUCAUUUGUUAAUGGAGUGAAGUUUUACUUCAACAUACAAAUACUUUACUGGUAGCAAACAUUUAGCAAAGUCCACCUUCAGAAACUAGAAACUUUGAGUUGAGUUUACAGAUGCUCCAGCAAACAUCUAAAGUCUUUCUGCACCGUCAGUGUGUUUAGAGCGACAAAGUGACAGCAGCUGUUUGAAAAACAUGGAGGUUUGAAGCUGCUGUUAA